GCAGAAAGGUGUUCCGGCCUGAAGGAAAAAAACAAGCCAGUGGCUGAUAAAGGAAAAAGAGGGGGAGGCAAAUCAUUUGGGGGAAAGAAAGAAACGAAGUUGUUGUAGGCUGUGACACAUUUGCGGAAUGGAUUAAUGCUUGCCUACUUUUACGGUACAAUUGGUUUGGCAACGGUCAGUAGAGUUUAAGGCAGCAUGGGUUCCGUUCUCAAACUUAUCCGCAUAUUUUUUGUCGUAAAAUGAUUUGAAAACGGAAUGUGAGCAAUAAUACAUCCUCGAAACAUCGAAUGCUUUAUGUUUUCGUUUGAUCCGUUUUUUUCUCGCGUUUUUAUAUGCAUUUUCAAUAUCAUGUUUCUUUCAAAGUGAAUAGAAGAGUUUGGAUACGCUACAUUUUAUACAGAAACUGACUUGUUUUCCUCCUUCCACUGGUCCUCACUUAGCCAGACGAGUUAUUCCAAAAAGCUUUGCCGUGGAAAAUCGUGCGGAACGGAACUUCACUGGACUACAUGUGGCUUUAAAAAACAAGUUCAAAGGGGAAUGCUUCUUAAUUAAAAUGACCCGAAAUAAGAGCAUUUAAGUUUAUACUGGUGCCAGUUGCGUGGGAAACAACGAAUAGCAGAAACAACUCAUCUUUACGUGACCAAGUCUAACCUAAUAUAAUGGACCGUUUCGUCACACCGAAGACAUGCAGGUGUGGGGCUACCUAGUCUCAAACGAGACCGACAACAACAACUUCAGCUUCACGAGAGUGACCUAAAAAGCCAUUUUUAUCCGUAUUUAUCUCCAGCAUUGCCAGAACAAUAGAAGUAGUCCACUACUAACUCGAUGGAUUCACAUGCGUUACCUUCUACCUGUCUGCCUGUAGUCUCCACAGCCAAGACACGAUGACUCUCAACACUGUUAUCCAAACAUGAUUAUAUCGUCAUGUGAUCCUCCAAAAAUGUCUUAAUCGUCUUAUUUAACGUCUGUUUUUUUUAUUUAUUGUAUAUGUACAUAUAGCCUACACAGGUCUGUCCGUUGGUUGUUCUAAUUUGGGGGGUAUUUGUUUAGCAUAUAGAUUGCAAGGGUCUCUGUCAUUUCAACUACUGUAGUUCAACUGUACUGUAGACAUACUUGAGUGUUAAUGUAUUUCCAACUCACACACUGUAUUUAUUGAGUACAUUAACUUAUAUAACAUAGUGGUUUGUUAACAGCAUUUAAUUUAAUUUGAUUAUUCAGAGUUUUAGACGACCAGGUCAGACAUUACAAUGGACCGACUUGGAAGUAAGUUAUUGGAGAAGUUGAAACUGACUGACUCAGGGAGUGUGAAAUUCGCCAGUUCUAAAAAGAAAAACGAGUUGGUCAACAACACCAACAAUAACAGCAAUGGGAACACCAGUAGUGGACUACCACCAACCCUGAGCACUGCAACCUCCUCACCAUCAACACCCGGCCAGUUCUCUCUCACCUCUCCAACCUCAACGGAGGCAUGCAGACCGGCCAGUGGCAGAGGUGGGAAUGGACUGGGAGAGAGAGUCUCCGCUACCCAGCACCUCUCCCCCUCUACAAGCUCCAUCGCCCCCCAAACUGCUGACUGCGAACAUCAACCCUACCCCCUCUCAAAUCUCGCCCCCCUUCGGCGGCGUUCGCCCCAGCAGCGUGCCUCCUGCUACUUGGGGGAGGGCGUUGACAUCCAGCUGAGGCGUGAGUCAGGCCUGGGGGACUGUGACCCGGCUGGGUCCAAGGCCUCUCUGAACCAGCGCCGCUACUCUCUGGAGCUCCAGCAGCUGGUCCGACGCCAGCAGCUCCUCUCCCACCCUCCUCUGUCCCACUCCUCUGGCCCCCCUCCGGCAUACCCCACCUCCUCCACCUCCUCGGGUUACGGCUCCGCUCCCCGUGGUGGCGCAAUGGCCGAGCUGCACUAUGUCCCCGAGCCGGAGCGCCACAAACGCCUCUCCCUCCAGGAGGCACUGUUCUACAAGCGGCUGAGCGCCGGAGGGGAACUCUGGGAGAGCACCAGGCCGGCCUCGCUCUCUCACCCCCCUCACAGGCCCUCUGAGAUGGGAGGAGGAGGAGUGGUGGGUGGCGGUUUCUUCUUCCCCCCAGGCCCGACACUGAGCCCCUGCUCGUCCUUCAGUCUCCAAGAGUCGGUGCUGGUCAGUCCCAGGUCCAGCUUUGCCUCCAGUACUGCCAGCGGUGGAAGCCCCAUGGGCAGCCGCUGUAGCAGCAACCGCACCAGCGGAAUCAGCCUGGGGUAUGACACCCGCUACUCCGCGGCACCGCAGCUGCAGUUCUCCUCCCUGCACGCAGGGGGCUCCACCAGUGGACAGGGAUACACAGUCUCUGGCAGGGCCGGGGCACACUCUGGGUCAGGAGGCUGGCAGGACUACCUGGACGGGGUCUCCUCACCUGGAGGAACAGGGGUUCAGGACAGCCGGCAUUCAUACCCGCCUGCGGUGGGUAGCCCGGCAGCGGCCUGUUACCGGGCUGGGCCCGAGUGGUGGGAUGAGAGGGGAGUAGGAUCAGCACGAGGGGAGGAGACUGGCGUGGGCGCUGGCAGGGAACGGGCGCGCUACUCGGACCUCCCGGGGACCCGCUACCAAGAGGAACUGACGCGCCUGUUGCUAAGAGACGCAGCACUGGAGGGGGAGGGGCUACACCUGGGUGGUCUGAUGCUCAAAGAACAUGCCAAGGCCCUCAGCAAGCCGGUGACGCUUGUCAACACAGCUACGGCUGCCGGACCAAUCAAAGCCCAGGAGGAGCCAGGAGCGGGGAGGGAGGCGUUGUCUGAGAAUCGCCAGGAGUUCUUUGGUACAUGUGUGAAGUGUGGGAAAGGUGUGUAUGGAGCGGAUAAUGCUUGCCAGGCUCUGGACAGCCUCUAUCACACACACUGCUUCACCUGUGUGUCCUGUGGUCGCACCCUGAGAAACAAGGACUUUUACAACGUCAAUGGCUCUGUGUACUGUAAAGAGGAUUACAUGUUCUCAGGGUUCCAGGCUGCAGCAGAGAAAUGCAGUGUGUGUGGCCACCUUAUCCUGGAACAGAUCCUCCAGGCAAUGGGGAACUCUUACCACCCUGGUUGUUUCCGCUGUGUGGUGUGUUCCAAAGCCCUGGACGGAGUUCCCUUCACCGUCGACCACCUCAGCAACAUCUACUGUGUCUCGGACUACAACAGGUCUACAUGUCGUUCUAUUCUGCCAUUGGAACUCUUGUUGCCCCGCAGAACGUUUGCUCCUAAAUGUGCUGCCUGCUUACAACCCAUCUUACCUGCUGAGGGCAGCGAGGAGAUACUCCGGGUGAUGUCUAUGAACAACGAUUAUCACUUUGAGUGCUACCACUGUGAGGAAUGUGGGAAGCAGCUCUCGGAUCAGCAGGGCUCCCAGUGCUUCCCUCUGGACUCUCAUCUCCUCUGCCAUUCAUGUCACAUGACCCGGGUGUGCGCCUCAUAACAUUUCCCCUCACAACAUGAGGAAGGAACUCUAUGCAUAAAACAUUCCCUUUUCUUUCUCACACAAACUCUUUCUUUCUCUCUAUUGCACACCAAGAGAUGGGUUUCCUCUGAUGUUCGAAUUUCAUGUGUGAGACAAGCUCACAUGAAAACGCUGGUAUAAGAUGUAUUUUAUUUACCGUUUUGGUCCAGAGUUUGACACAAUAGCACCAAUGUCUUAGAUCCAGGGAUGGGUCGGUUACUUUCUAAAUGUAAUCUAUUCGUUAACUGUCAAAUUGUAGUCAGUAACAACUUUUGGAUUACCCAAACUCUAACGUAAUCUGAUUAGUUUGUUACUUUUAGAUUACUUUCCCCUCAAGUGGCACCCUGCCUCCGUUUUUGUAAAACGCUGAGGGAUGGCCCUGGCGAAAUGAAACCACUCUAAGAUUAAUAGACAGCCAAUUCUCCAAUGUUUUUAUACAAGAAAAAAUACCAAUGUUUUGAGGCUAUAGUGUUUGUAAAUAAUGUUUACAAACAUUGGGGGGAAACAAGUUUACAGUAUUUUGGGUUAUCAUGGCAUGUGAUAGUUGAACUAAGCUCAUGAGCCAUUUAUAAUUUAUAUUCUUAAAGAAUCAAUGGGUAUAUACGCUAUCAUUAAUUUAUACAUCCAAAAAUUGAGGUAGCAACUACAGAUUUACCCUUUGUCUAUCAAAAGUGCGUGAGUCCAUUAGGCCUAUGGAUUAUUUUUUUAUCAACACUAAUUAGAUUGAGCAAUAAAAGCCCUAUUCGUGGUCUUAAAUUAAACUUGUUUUUGACUGUAUUGAGCACAAUACCACAGGAGUUUAGAAAUUAACACCCUCAAACUUAAAUUCCAUAAACUGGGAUCCGCAGUAUGCAACUGUUACAAGAGAGCAUUUUUCACUGGCUAUCCACUAGUUGCAAAAACUGAUUGAAAGGCAGUUUAAACUUUUUCAGUUCAACCAUUAUUGGGUUAAAAUACACAUACAUUUCAACAGCCAUCUACAACAACCACAACCCAUACGGCGAUAAUAGCUAAAUGAGAGAGCUGCAGUGUGAUUCACAAUAAUGUAGAUAGAUAAAGAAGUAUUCUUAUCGCCCGUAGGCUAAACCACUGCUCUCCAAGCAUUUCUUAAAGUUGAGUCAUCUUUGAAUGCUGACAGCAGUCGCAACAUUGGACUGUAGCCUACAAAGCCUAUUUCCUUCUCUUUUCCCGCGAUCCAUCAAACAUUUGGUACGUCGUCACAGUGGCCUCUGACUUGUGGUCAGACUCGUUUAGGCGGAUCAAACUUAAACUUGCACCUUUUUUCAAUUAUGAUUUAAAUGUCAUUGUGAAAACAAAAGGUGUCAUAUUUUUUGUUGUUGCAAACAGCCUUUCUGAAUUUAAAAAGACUAGAAGUAAUAAUCUUGCUGGUAAUUUAAUGGAUUCGUUUUUGUAAUCCGUUACACCCCAAUCUGGUUUAGAUCAAACCCCUAUGUCCGGGGGCAAGUUCAUUAAGGCGCACACGUUUGGCAGAAGCUAAAAAUAAGUAUUUAUUUCUGGGCAAGUUGAGCAUUUUCUUCAGUUGUGUGCCUACUGAACACCACCCAGGUGCAACAUAAUGAGUCAUGCCAUUCCGCAGACCAUCACUGUACCAGACUGGGAGAAGAAUAUAGCCGGGUCCAAGAUCAGUUUAUGCAGUCUCGGCAACUCUUAUGGUAAUUGUCACGGCAUUGUUUGGCAUAUCUGGGACCAGGCUAAGAAGAAUACACCAAACUAUGGUUUUGUUUUUACCACCCGACCAUGUGCUAUAGAAUAAGGGAUUUAUCGAUCUGGUUAACCUGUUUUUGUAUUUAACCAUCACUAGCAAACAAUUUGCACUUAAAAUUUGACUUGUUUACCCGUAAGAUAUUUUGUAAGUGUUUCUUCUUGUAAAAAAAUAAAACAUUCCUGUAUCGGUUGUAAUUAAUAAAUAUUUUCCUUUGUGUGUCUAA